AUGCACAUGGCUAGCAAACGGGCUUUAGAUGGCUUCUACGUCAUUGACCAACGUGCCGGGAGUAGUUGGGGCUGCAGCGAGGAAAAGAUCGCCGCUCUGAAGGGAGCGGUGGCAGAUGCACAGACAUUGGCGUCGAAGGCUUCGACUGCGCUUGCCAUAAGGGGUUCCGAGUCUUCUGAUGCCUACAUCUUCUGGUUUGGUAAGGAAAACGCCAGGGCCGCCACGAAAAAGUCGAUAAAGAAAUACAACUACGAUCCCGUGCGGCAUCUUUUCAAACGCCCAGGGUCAUACAACCGCGUCGACAAUCUGACAAUGGAUAACCUCAGUCCUACCGGGCUGACGUACAUGUGCGGUGCCGCAGACAGCCAGACUUGCGCCGGCACUGUGGCUGUUGCGACCCACCAGGACGGAGCCAAAGGACUCUCGGGUAACGCCAUUAUCCUGUGUGACAGAUUCUUCGAGUAUAAGUCACUGGAAUACAUGUUGCAGACUUGGAGGGACAAGAGACGGUUCAGCCUCUCUGCUGGCUUCACCUUACUGCACGGAUUGCAACACCUGCCAGCCAUCGUGGGUGAUGCUAGACGAUGCGUUGAUGUCCCGAACCACAAUCGAACCGGCGGCUGCUAUCAGCCUGAGUGCUGUGCGAAACUCAAAAGUGCCGAUAAGAUCAGAAACGCCCAAAACAUGGCUUUCUUUGCACUGGAGAUCAUGGCAGAUCCCCAGCAUGGUGAACCACAUGGAAGGUCAUGUACCAUCAAGAAAGGAGACACAGGUAACAUUUGGCUCGGAGGACCCGAAGAUGUUACUGCGCCAGUUGUUCCGAUUGUGCCUCCUGGUGGUGGCGGUGACGGUGGCGGUGGAAAGGGCGGUCAUCCCUCGAAACCUGCAGAUUCGGAUCCUCCAAAGCCUUCGGGGCCUUCAUCUCCUCCCACCUCGCCUCCAACGCGGUCGCACAAUUCUUCGGUGCCGAUUACCCGUUGUUCUUCCAGACCACCGCUGUCAGUGCCCAGAGGAGGAGGAGGACCAUUCGACAGAGACGGAUUCCCUCAAGCAGUGUACGAUGAAAUUGCUGCAGCAGCACGUGGCAACAGCAACUCUACGACCUCACCACUCGUGGUCGUUACUCACCCACCUGCUGUACCCAAACCCGACCCAACCGUCGAGAUAACGACCAUCAAGGUAACGCCUAGUGCUACUCCAACAGCCCCCGCCAUCAACCCCAUCGCCUGCUAUAACUUUGACGUUAAUGCCUACGGAUUCUGCUGUCCGCCCGUGGGUGGAACAUGCGGGGACGGUGUUGGAACAUGCUACUUUGACGGACCAGGCAUCUCUGGUGGUGCGACUAAUGUUGUGCCGAAUGGAGCGCGCUGCCCGCCUCCUAAGGGUGCUGUAUACUGCCUAGGUGCUUGUCAAGUGUAG